AUAGCAGUAUUUAACAAAUGUUUAUUCUGUCCUGCUAGAUAUUUAUCACGUAACUAAUGCACCCAAAGUCCAUCAUCCUGUUGAAUCACCCUCCAAGAAUUCUUAGCAAGCCAGGCAGAGUUCAUACUACGCAUAUUCUCGAGGCCUAAUCCACCCACUAAUUUAGGCGAACAAACUUGUUUCCAGUCCACUUUCUGAAUCUUUUAUAGCAUACACCGCAAGAGAAGAAGUAACAACUUGAAUCAAAGUAGUCUGCCUUACUAGUGAGAGUGUGAGCUUUCCAAGCAGCAAGUCUUUUUUGGGUCCGUUCUACCAAGUCCUUGCAAGUCGUCAUCGUUUCUACUUCUCAAAACUUCAACUUUUCUUUGAUUUUUCCAGCCGUUCGAUUCUCUGAAGUCAAUCGAGACCAUCCAAAUGAUUGCCGGCCUAAGUUUACACAUACUAUGGUAGGCAAAGAAGCAAAGCUCAUCACUUUGCCUCCUUAUACCUAAUGAUUGCCGACUUGCAGUUCAGAGCAAGCAAGGUGGGAACUUUCUGAACAAAUAAAGUUUGGGAGGGAGAGAGAGUGAGUGAGAAGGAAGAGAGAGAAGCGCGAGGCUUUAGCUUUUGAAGAGAGAGAGCUUUGGCUUUUGAAAAGGAGAGAGGGAAGCUUGUCGAGAAAUGGAGGGCAGCAGCAGUAGUAAGAGUGGCGUUGUGGUGGUGGCCAAUGAGAGAGGGCCAAGUGGGGGGAAUCCGAAUCCAGAAUCCGUUUACUUUGAAAGUGGGUCAAGUAUUUACAGGCUUUGGCGUAGGCUGCGGUGUUGGUAUCGGAGUUGGCCGCCCUAUAAAUCUAGGUGCAAUACCAGCACUGAAUCAAGUCAUGGGUGCUACAAGAGGUGCCACUGAUGCAUUAUCUGGUGUUAGCAGGCAUGUAAACAACACUUUGAGGAAGGUGGGAGCCAAGAGCAUUGAAGCCGGCAUUGGAUGUGGAGUUGGUAUUGGCCAUGGUUUUGGAGUUGGCCUUGCUCCGAUGCCAGGAGUGUUGCAGCAAAUUCAAUUUCGUUUUGUACAAGGAAUGACAAAGAUGAUGAUGAAGUUUGGAAUUUUUCCCAAUUUACCCAUUGGUCAAGGUGCCCUCCCAAGUCCUUUGCAAAGUGCCAUGGGAACUUUAAAUGACCUGAGCCAACAUAAAAUGGGAAGUAACACGCAGUUGUCAACAAAACUAACAGACUACGCAUCUCAAGGCUUGCCUGGAUGUGGACAUAACGGUGCUGGUUCUCCAGUUGAUACACCUUUUGGUAGUCGAAUAGAAAAUGUUCUCAGCAGUUUCCAGAAUCCACUUCUGAAAGGAAAGGACAGUGAACAGAAUGAAGGGGCUGGACGCGUGAGGUCGGAGAAUAAAAUCCUUCAAAUGAUAUUGAAACACCAGCAAGUCAUUGAAGAGCUCAUGGAGGAGAACGAGAAGCUUCGCCAAGUACUAGUGGAAGACCUGAAAGUAUCACCUAGCAAGCUGCAAGCAAGUUAUUCAAGUAAAAACACAUCUCCGUGUACAGAUUGUUUCGAGUGCCGAAGAAAACAAAGGAGAAAGUAGAUGAAGUAUAAAGAUUCUGUUAGAUAGCUUUCAAGCGCAAUGACAAC